AUGAGGAGCGACCUAGCAGAGCUGUGCCGAAGAAGCGGGGACCCAUGGCGGCACAGCCAACAGACUCUCCGAGUCGCCGACGGAGCCGAAACCGUCACCGAGGGCGAGAUCAAUGUCCGAGCCACCAUCAACGGCCAACCCGUCCAACACCGCUACGGGGUGUUGUCCACCCUCAGCCAAACCAUCCUGCUGGGGAUGGACACACUGGGCCGAAUGCAGACCAGCAUCCGGAUUAAGCCAUGGCAGUGGGACUGCCCAGACGAAGCUGAGGCCAUCGAACCGACCGGACCCACCGAGUACACGCCAGCACAACAGCAGGCCCUGCAGCAGCUCCUGGAUGAGGAGCUCCGAAAGUUCCAAACCCUGCGGCCCACCACUACCUGGGCCACCCACCGUCUCCGCAUGAAAGAGGGGGCGGAACCAACCAAACACCGCUACACGCCCCGCAACCCAGCCAUGCAGGCCAUCAUCAACCAAGAGGUGGACAAAAUGCUCGCCAACGGCAUCAUCGAGCCGUCCCGAAGCCCAUGGAGUUCACCGGUGGUGCUGGUACGAAAGAAGAACGGGACGUACCGGUUCUGCGUGGACUACCGCCAGGUUAACCGGCUCACGGAGAAGGACGCCUACCCGCUACCCCAGGCCCAGGACACACUAGACAAGUUGCGGGAAGCACGGUUCAUCUCGACGCUCGACCUCGCCAACGGGUACUGGCAGGUCCCGCUAGACGCCGCCAGUCGACCGAUCACCGCCUUCACCGUCCCCGAGAGGGGGCUCUUCCACUUCAAGGUCAUGUCAUUCGGGCUCCACUCCGCACCAAGCACCUUCCAGCGGCUACUGGACGAAGUAGUCGGCCCCAGUCUGGCACCCUGGUGCUUUGCCUACCUCGACGACAUCAUCGUGCUGGGACGCACCUUCGAAGAGCACCUCGCUAACCUCCGGGAGGUUUUCCGACGCCUCCGCGCCGCAAACCUCAGGCUAAACCCGGAGAAAUGCUGCUUCGGACGGACCGAGCUGAAAUACCUCGGCCAUGUAGUCACGAGCCAGGGAGUCCGAACGGACCCAGACAAGGUCCAGGCCAUCAAAGGCAUCCCGCCACCCAGGAACACGAAGGAACUCCGCCGAUUCCUGGGAACUGCCUCGUGGUACCGCCGGUUCAUACCACGAUUUGCCGACCUCGCCGCGCCGUUGAUCCGCCUACUCCAGAAACACGCCCGCUGGUGCUGGGACGCCGAAGAAGACGCCGCAUUCCACGAGCUACGGCACCAGCUCGCCAGCGCACCAGUCCUCGCAUGCCCAGACUUCACACGAGAGUUCACGCUGCAGACCGACGCCAGCAACGAAGCCCUCGGCGCAGUGCUGACACAGGAAUUCGAGGGCAACGAACACGUGGUCGCCUACGCCAGCCGGUCACUCAACAAGGCCGAACGGAACUACUCCACCACAGAGCGGAAAUGCCUAGCGAUCGUGUGGGGGAUCCGCAAGAUGCGGCCCUACCUAGAAGGCUACCACUUCUCGGUACUUACGGACCACCAAGCCCCCCGCUGGCUGCAGACGUUGGACAACCCCUCGGGCCGCCUCGCCCGAUGGAACAUGGAGCUGCAGCACUACGACUUCUCCGUACGCUACCGAAAGGGAGAACACAACCUGGUGGCGGAUGCACUAUCCCGCCAACCGGAGGACCCACCAGAAGAAGAAGCCGACGCACUAGACGAGCCCGACCAAUGGUACGACCGGACCCGACAAGCCGUGGUGGACGAUCCGGAGCGUCACCCAGAAUACCGCAUCCAGAACGCACGCCUCUACCGCCACAUCCCAGACACCUCGGGACUUCGCCCCGACCUGGAAUGGAAGGAGUGCGUACGGAAGGGCCGACGAAAAGACGUCCUGGCAGAGAACCACGACGCCCCAACCGCGGGACACUUGGGCAUCCGCAAAACCAACGCCCGGCUAGCCCAGCGAUAUUACUGGCCGGGGAUGUUCCGGGACGCCGCCCGCCACGUACGCAACUGCCAGAGCUGCCUAGCACAUAAAGUGCUCCAACAGGCACCAGCCGGGGCCAUGUAUUCGACCCCAACCAACGGCCCAUGGGAGGUAGUCACAGCCGACCUCGUGGGGCCCCUCCCGCGGUCCAAGAAAGGCCACACCACACUCCUGGUCCUCCAAGACAAGUUCACGAAAUGGGUCGAACUGCAGCCACUCCGCCAGGCCACCGCACCCGCCGUUACCCGGGCUUUCCGAGAGAGGGUGGCCAUGCGAUUCGGACGGCCAAGACAAAUCUUGACCGACAACGGGCGACAAUUCACCAGCCGAGAAUUCACGACCCUGCUCGCAACCUACGGAGUCGAGCACCGGAAGACACCGCCAUACACUCCACAGUGCAACCCAGUGGAGCGCACCAACAGGGUCCUGAAGACCAUGAUCGCCCAGGCCACGAAGACCGGCCACCGCGACUGGGACGAAUGGCUACCGGAGCUGGCCUUUGCCUACAACACGGCCCGACACGAGGCGACAGAGCAGACCCCGGCGUACCUCAAUUACGGGCGAGAAUUGGCCACCCCGGGGAGCAGCCACCUGCCCCUCCCGACCGGAGAGGACCGCACCGAAGCACUGGACCGGCUACAAGACGCGCUCGCGUUGGCCCAACGCGCACUGGCCAAAGCCCACCAAGCGCGGAAGAAGCAUUACGACUUACGAAGACGACCAUGGGCCCCAAAGGUGGGGGACCGAGUCAUGCGACGGGACCACCCGCUAUCCGCCGCCGCAGACAACUUUUACGCCAAGCUGGCCCCGAAAUUCGCCGGGCCCUUCACGGUCAGCGAACGACUCGGCCCCACCGUGGUGCGACUGCAGGAAGCCAGAGGGAAGACCCGCACGGCCUACGUGCAAGACCUGAAGCCGUGCCCCACCACCGACGAGAGCGCGACAAUAAACCGCGAGUCGCGAAACGGCCGCGGAAACCCGGGCACCAGAGGGCGAGCUCGCGGAUCGCGAACUCGCGAGGCAAACCGUCCCGCGGCACAAUAUAAAUCAAGCCGCGGCCCGACGGGACCAGACAAGUCAGUCAGCAACGAUGCCGAUAGACGACGCACAGCGAAGAAAAGCGCCAGCCACCCCGCUGGGGAGGAGAGACCCGCGACCACCGGAGGCCAGGCCACGGAUAACGCGAAUCGAGGUGGGCACGUGGCCCGUCCGCAUUGUGGGACCACCACCACGGGUCCAGGCGCCGCCACGACCCGAGCCCGGCCUAACGGCCGAGACCAUCGGCCCACCCGCCGCACCACAGCCGAUGGCACCGCAGCCGCCACCACCGGCAACCAACCUGCCGCCGCGACGGGCACGAGUGGCCCGAGCACCGCCGGGCAGCAGGACCACCACCACCACCACCACCGUCGCCCGGAGCCGGCCGCAAUCACGACCAGCUCCGGCCAAGAAGGCCACCCGGCCGCCACGACAGCAGCCGCACCGCCGACAGCACCACCGGCAACACCGCCGGCAGCCACACAGCCGCCGCCAGCACCACCAGCACCGCCAGCAACCACGCGGCCGCCGUCAGCACCACCGGCCACACCAGUGGCCCCGACAACCGGGCCUGCGGCCCAGGCACCGUCGCCGCCCUGGGCACCGCCACCGCCGAUAGCCGGCCUCCGCCGGACACCGCCCCGCCGGGCCAUUACAAGGCCCGCCACCUCGGCCAGGUUCGCGCCGACCGGGCGACCAUCGCCUGCACCAGCCAGGCCCGUACACCGGGACGCCGCCACGCAGACCGGCGCAGCCCGCCACGACAACCCCGCCAGCGGCGGGCCCCCGGUGACUCUCUCGGCCCGAAGACCAGGCGAGGCCAUCUGCAGCGCGGGCCGCCUCUCCAACCGUCGGCCCACCACGUUCACCUCUCUCUAG